AUGGGUUGCAUCUGCUCAAGGUCACAGGCUGAAUCUGGCCACCACGAAACGGCCUCGCUCCUCCCUUCUGACACGUCUUCAUUGCGACCCGAGUCCACCUCCGAGUCCUCUGGCCGCGUUGAGGAGUCGACCAGCACUGGCACCGGUGCCACGACCCAGGCCGCCGUCGACGGCGGCCGCUCGGAACCUAAAGCUACGGCGGGGAGCCCACCCUCUUCCUCAGAAGCGCGUCAACUCCCGCUCACCUUGAUCGAUCUCCCCGACGAACUUAUCGAGUACAUCUGCUACUUCCUAGAUCGCGACAUGUGGACUCGUCACCUCUCGCUUCGUCACCUGUCGCUCGUCCGCCGUCGCUGUCGUGGGCCGGCGCAAGCGAGGUGGAGGCCAUUCCGAAGGAUUCGACUCUGCUUGACUUCCUCGGCCUGUUUAACACCUACUUCUCAGACACUGUGGGAGGCCGUUCGCAACCAUCCGAGUCCCUCGCCCGUGCAACGCCUCGAGAUCAAGGAGGGCUAUCUGCACGCUCCGUUCUCCCCACAGCUGCUCGCCUCGAUCGCCGACCGGUGCAGCUACACGCUGAAAGAAUUGGUACUAAGCCGCCUCAGUGAAGUCAAUCUGCAACAACUGAGUCAGCUUCCAGGUUUCUUUCAGCGUGUAGCCGCACCGGUCGGCGAUCGAGGCGAGCAGCUGUGGGGAGAACGGAGCGUGCAGAUAGCCCUCCUUGAUCUCGAGGCGUUGCACGGGCGAGGGACUCUUAGAAUAAAGAAAAAGGAACAUCAUCUCUCUUGAUGUGCUGAUACUAACAUGGAGGGGCCGUCGCAGGUCUCACUUACUUGGCCCUUCGGAGUUGCAAGUUUUAUUACGGAGUGGUGACCCUUUCGACCAUACGUCGCCUCGAGAUCAAUGCGCAAGCCGUGUUGGACCUACCCGAAUGCCACUUGCCUUUACUCGAGGAUCUCGUCUUCUUCGAUCACCGUGAAUACAAGGAGGGACUCGCGGAGAACAGCAAGUUCGAAUACUUGCUCAAAAACAUCGCCGACACGCUGCGUCGACUGUAUCUGCACCCGAUAGAGCGUGAAGCCUUCGAAGAAGUGGUCCUAAGGUGGCUCCCAACCUGCCGCAACAUCUCGCUUAUCAAGCUCUUCGUCGAAUAUGGGACGGAUCCGCAGGAUGAAAGCGAUCUCAUCAAUGCAUUACCAGCCCAUAUCGAUCCAGCGGAGGUGCAUAAUUUGAGCCCAUCGGAGGACGACACGGAUGGUCUUACAUUCAAAGAGAUUGAGUUUGACACCCUACUCGUGAUCGCCAAUCAACUGGCGCCGGGGACCCCUUUCUACGGUGAGAAUCACUCAGGAUCAAAGCGCAGCUGCUUCCGUUUCGCAUCGGAUCUGUGCAUCCAUUCCGAUAGAAUUGAUCGAUCGUCGGGGCCUCGCAUGAGACAGCGUUUGUGA